GAAACAAGUCAGACUGAGUAUCAGCUGUGAAGGACACAGGAUUUAACAAGCACCUGAAGCAUCCAGCCAUGCCUGUCUCACUGCGUCGUAGUGCUUCAUUCAGCAGUAUUGCUGGGGCAAAUUUCCAAACUUUAGGUUUAGGGAUGGGGCUGAACGGUCUGGCUAGCUCAGGUCAAUCCAUCACUGCUGACUUUGAUUUUUCAACCUCACAACUCGCAAUAUUUGGGAAUGAAAAGUCGGCUAUGCAGAAUCUUAACACCCGUCUGGCAUCGUACAUGGAUAAGGUGGUCUCCCUGGAAAGAGCCAAUCUAAAGCUUGAGCAGCAAAUAAAGGAGUUCUACGAAAGCAAGUCCUCCAUUAGCAGGAAAGAUCUGAGUAAAUACUAUGUCAUCAUGGAAGACCUCCAGAAACAGAUUAUUUCUAGGGCUGCAGAAAAACAGCAGGUUCUCCUGCAGUUGGACAAUGCUAGUCUAGCUGCUUCUGACUUUAAUAUAAAGUUUGAGACUGAGAGGAGCAUGCGUUUGAAUGUAGAAGCAGACCUCACUCGUCUCCGCGCCUUUCUUGAAAACGCUGAGGUGGCAACUAAAAACCUAGAAAUCCAAAUAUUAGGGUUAAACGAAGAACUGCAGUUCCUCAAGAAGAGCCAUGAGGAGGAGCUGCACAUGGUUCGCUCCCAAAAGAGUGACUCUGUGGAUGUGCAAGUGGACUGCGGUCCAGCUGUAAACCUCGAUAAAGAGCUGGAGGAGAUGCGUGAGCAAUACGAGGCACUCAUCCUAAAGAACCGCAAGCAAGUUGAGCAGUGGUUCCAGAGCAAGGUCAAAACGUUGAACACUGAAGCGCUUCAAAGCCACACAGAAAUCACAACUUCUCAAAAAGCCCACAGCGACCUGAAGAAAACCUACCAGUCCCUGGAGAUAGAAAUAAAUGGAUUUCACACACAGAUUCAGUCCCUGCAGAAGGAUGUGGUUCAGGUGAGUGCACGUUACAGUGAGCAGCUAUCCCACCUGCAGGUCUACAUCGACCGACUACAGACAGAGGUGCAGCAGAUCACCGCCAACAUGCAGCAACAGGCCAUGGAGUACCAGCAGCUGCUGGACAUCAAGAUGAGGCUGGAGCUUGAGAUACAGGAAUACAGGAGGCUGCUCGAGGGAGAACUUCAUGAAUAUCGCAUCCAAGAAAUCGACACAUCCAAGACAACGACCGUGACCGAAACAGUCGUGGUAGAGACACAAGAAAAGGAAGAGGAGAAACAUCUCCACCAGAAACGGGUGAAGAUUAUCAUGGAGGAGCUGGUGGAUGGAGUAGUUGUGUCCACUUCCGUGGAUGAGAAGGUGGAAGAUUUGUCCAGCUGAACAGAAGAUUCAUCAGUUUAAUGUUGCCUUAAUUAUUAUUAUCAUUCUAAUAAUAUGCAUUUACAGUCGCUGAACAAAAUAAUAAUGCAAAAACUUGGAGCAUUUGGAUUACAGCAGAGGUUUAUUGACAUUUGAGUGGGGGGGUGACUCUUCAAAAUGUUAUUGAGUGUGGCAUGAGGUAGCAGUUUUAUUUUAAGUUUAUGGUGUAGCAACGAUCUGUUAUGUUUAUCAGACUUGGGUGGUAGGGACUUCUACCUGUUCCAUGUGCUGCCUACUAUAAUGAAAAUUGUAGCAUACACAAACAUAUGCUUUGCUUCCAAUGAUUGUGUUACAAUAAACUAAA